AUAGGUAGCUAACAGUUGUCAGUGCAUAAUAUACCAAAUAUACCCUUACCAGAGCGAACUGUUUUAUAGUGAUCUGUUGUUGAUUGUUACAAGUGUUAAAGACUAUAGUGAUUAUUUUUCUUAAGUUUUGUUAUCAAGAUUAAGUGAACGAAAGGAUAACACAAUGUCUGCUUGUACGGAUAUGAAGAUGGAACAGGAUAGGAGAGAUUCCGAUUUUCCUCCGAACAUAGCGGCUUUGAUCAAACGCGAACCCGCCCCUGUAUCCCCUCUGUUGACGCCCCCUCAUACGCCGACGCAAGACACGACGCCCCCGGCCACCGUCACAUCGCGUCAUGCUGCUUAUUUCAACGAACAUUAUCAACAACCGCAACAAUACUAUUAUCAUCAGUAUUAUCAGCAGCAGGAUCCGGCGGCAACAAUUAGUCAACAGCAGCAUCAAGUUUGGAUGCAACAUAGCCAUCAACAGUAUCCGGCCAAUCAUCGUACCAGUACUGUAGGUAUUGUUCAACCUGCUCCAGCACAGACUUCUUACCCCGCUUUGCUCAUGGACCAAUGGAUUCGCAGCGCUGCUCUGUAUCAUCAUCAACAAAGUUUACAAAGUCAACAGUAUCCCACGCUUAAUGGGCCGAAGAGAUUUUACCAAAAUUUACCAGUUGCCGCAGUUGGUGCUUGUUUACCACCUAAUGGGGGUAAUACUAGAUUGACUGCUAGCGGUACUAGACCAAAGAAACAAUUUAUUUGCAAAUUCUGCAAUAGGCAAUUUACAAAGUCUUACAAUCUCUUGAUUCACGAACGUACGCAUACGGAUGAGAGACCCUACUCUUGUGAUAUUUGUGGAAAAGCAUUUCGCAGACAAGAUCAUCUCAGAGACCAUAGGUAUAUUCACUCCAAAGAAAAACCUUUCAAGUGUACCGAAUGCGGCAAAGGUUUCUGCCAGUCUCGAACUCUAGCUGUACACAAAAUUUUGCACAUGGAAGAAUCUCCUCAUAAAUGCCCCGUCUGUAGCAGAAGUUUUAACCAGAGGUCGAAUCUUAAAACACAUUUAUUGACNCAUACGGAUGAGAGACCCUACUCUUGUGAUAUUUGUGGAAAAGCAUUUCGCAGACAAGAUCAUCUCAGAGACCAUAGGUAUAUUCACUCCAAAGAAAAACCUUUCAAGUGUACCGAAUGCGGCAAAGGUUUCUGCCAGUCUCGAACUCUAGCUGUACACAAAAUUUUGCACAUGGAAGAAUCUCCUCAUAAAUGCCCCGUCUGUAGCAGAAGUUUUAACCAGAGGUCGAAUCUUAAAACACAUUUAUUGACCCAUACCGAACCUGAAGCUAGCCACCCCGCAGGAUCAUCGACAUCAAGCACCUCUUCGCUACCAAACUCCACAAAUCCUGCCCUGGAUUUAUCUCCCAAAAGGAAAAUGAUGUCAGUUAUCACAGCCAAUACCAGCACGAACAACCACAAGCAGAAGUUUCCCAUCAAAACGUUCAAGCAGUUUGCCAAAAUAGGUCAUUAAGCCCGCCCCGUGUCCAAACCGGCCUGCCAAAGAAAACGUUAGGAUUUUCCAUAGAAGACAUUAUGAAGCGAUAGAUAAUAAAACGCUCAAUAUUUUAAUAUCAAAGUAUUAACGAAGCCAAAACAAUUUAGCAAGUCUUUAGGGUACUGUUUAAUGUUUCCGACUAUAGAUAUAA